CCGCCAAGUACUUAACCCCUCCCGCCGAGUGUCCGACUCCUCGACGGCGUUCUCCCCUGUCCCCACGACACCCCCCUCCGCUCUUUACUGCCCGCCAUGAGGUUCGCCGCCGUCUCCGCCCUCGCCAUCCCGGCCCUGGUCUCCGCCCACGGCAUCCGGGACGCACAUCACGCACGCCAAGCCCCGGCCGCCAACGCCGCCUCUGGGUCCUCCGCAUCAACCAGCGCGGCUGCCGCCUCUUCCACUGGAAGUGCCCCCGCUGCAUCGGCUAGCACAGCUACUGCUGUUGCUGCCUCGGGACCCGCGGGUGCCUCGACGCUCACCUUCACCUUGGCUUCCACCAACCCGAGCGCAAUCCCGCUUACGGAAAUCAUCGCGAACGCACCCUCGCAGGCCACUGUUGCCGCUACCACCACCUUCGCGGGAGGAACGACGCCGACCUUCCUGCCCAGCGCCCCCGCUUUGCCGGACAUCUCCAAGCUCGUCCCUUCGAACUACCCGACUCUCGACGUAGUUCCCCCCACGGACUCGCCUGAGGUCCAGCAGUGGAUCAAGGAGGUCGCGGCUUCGGGCGUUGAUAUCCCCAACUUCGCUCCCACCACUGCAGAUGGCAGCUGCGCGUCGAACGCUGCGGCUGCUGCCGACUCCACCCGUUGCUGGUGGACCUGCGGUGGUUGCAAGGCCGAUGACGACAUUGAAGAGUGCCCAGACAAGAUGACUUGGGGUCUUACCUACGACGACGGUCCCGCUUUGUACACCGGUGACCUCCUCCACUACCUCGACUCCGUCAACCUGAAGGCUACGUUCUUCGUCGUUGGCUCCCGUGCGAUCUCGUACCCCGCUCUCCUCCAGAACGAGUACAUGGCGCAGCACCAGAUUGCCGUCCACACCUGGAGUCACCACCCCAUGACUACCCUCACGAACGAACAGAUCAUUGCCGAGCUCGGUUGGUCGAAGAAGAUCAUCAAGGACGUUCUUGGUGUUACUCCCACCUACUGGCGCCCCCCGUACGGUGAUGUCGAUAAUCGUGUCCGUGCGAUUGCCAAAGCUAUGGGCCUCCAAACCUCUAUCUGGACCCGUAUCAGCCCCACGGCUACCUUCGAUACCGGAGACUUCGAUAUCAACGGCGGCACCAUCACGUCUGAGCAGGUGCUGAACAACUGGCAAAGCAUCAUCGGCAACGCGACUGUUAUUGACCACGGUUUCAUCGUCUUGGAGCACGAUCUGUUCCAACAGACGGUAGAUAUCGCCACCGGUUACAUCUUGCCCGAUGCGCUCGCGCACCAGCCGCCGUUCGACAUCAAGCCCAUGGUUCAGUGCCUCAACAAGCCUUUGAGCGACGCAUACAUUGAGACCAAUGACAACACGACCAACCCCAUCGGUUCUGCCAAUGCGACAGGCUCUGCCACCGGCAGCAGCGCAGAGGCGACUGGUGGCAGCAACUCGUCCGGUGCCGCUUCCGGUAGCAACAGUGCCAUGGGCGUUGCCAGCCCGGGCUCGAUGGCUGCUAUCGCUCUCGCGGUCGUCUCGGGUGCCAUCGCGCUCUUCCUCUAGGAGCAUCGGGGUUUCUUGGGACUAUGUGCUACUUACAAUAUGGCGAGCACUAUAAACUCUUACUGCGACCUACGCAUUAGGCCUUCGCCCAUAUCGACGAGGUCACUCCACGCAGCUGUCUCACCAAAGACCACCUGUCGGACUCAUCCCUACCACACGACCAUGCAUCCAAUAUUUCACGCCUACUCUUCGCUCUGCACUGCUCGAACACCACCGUACUUUAUCUCGCUGUUUGUCACUGGACUAUGACAACUCCUUUAUACCUCGCUGGUCCGGUGUUGUUCGCUGCCUCCUACCACUGUCACUCGUUGUGCAAGUUUCUUGUCAUCCUAAUAAUCGCUCAAAUGCGACUAUGCCC